CAAGUCACUAGCAAUCAAAUUAUCGGUAAAACUGCCUUUCACUGUAAUGCGGUGGUGUUACGACGAUUUCGAGGAGGACCAAUACUGACAGGCAAACAGUAUUAUGUGUUUCCUAUGCUUCUGUUUACUAAUAAGGGACGAGAUUCUUGUGGAAGAACGAAUAUACGAGUCGCUGAAUCUCUGAGACUAAAAGGAAGAGGAACGAAAACUUGAUAAGCCCUGCCUAAGAACCGUAACGAUGAAAGGUACAAAUUUCGGUGAGCCGAGGAACCAAAGAUUCCAAUGAUACCUUCGCAAGGUGGCCGUGAGGGAUAUAAAGGUUCUCCCAACCCUCCGAGCAACGGCUCUGAGGACAAUGGCUUCGCUAAUCGACCUCGAGUGGCGGGCCUUUACGCGACGAACCUCUUCAGAGAAGAGCUCGUUCGAUUCUCGUCAGGAGAGACUACUCGAUCUCAUGGCCCCGCACGAGAUAUUCUUGAAAGAUCGCCACGAGAGAUUGGAAGCCAGAGAAGUUUAAAUCUUCCCACGGGCAUUACCGAAGAAUUCGAGUUGUUGGAUCGUUCGAGGAUCGGAAUUUCGAGAACACCUCAACCAUUGAGAAGAGGAGAAGUGACCGCUGCUCAUUACGAAUCUAGAUCUAGAUUCGACGAAUCAACUAGGCGGGGAGAUCAUCAUGGAUUGCCGCCUAUCGAAAGGAUUCGUUCGAGGGAACACGAACAACAGGAAGAAUGCUCUGGUCACUCCGUGUCCGAUGCUCUUCGAGGCUCCCUCCACGAGUUUUCAUGCUCUGAGCAGCCGUUAUGGAUGGAAUCGGAUAUCGAUGAUUCUAAGAUACCUGCUUCGACUAGCGAUUUUGGUGAGAGGAGAGGAGGACCAGAUGACAGUUCCACUUUUGCUUCAACCUCUGCCUCGAUACUUAUUUCUCCCGCGAGUGAGACCAGCGAAUGUGACGCGAUAUCGCCCCCAGAAGUGGAGAAAUCAUCACCACCACCGUACACGGGUCUUAGUCCUCCGGAAUAUACCGGACACAAGUACGAGAACAGUGAAACCCCGUCGCCUAUCUUUCCAAAUUAUCCGUUGACAUCGUACGCGGAAGAAACGCGUCACCGGCGUUCGCGAUCAUCCGUUUCAGAUGCCGAGCUUGAAUUCGCGAUACGCGAAGAAUGUUUGAGAAGGGAAAAUCGGUUUGAGUCGGAACUCGUGGAAUCAGAGAAGGGUUCAGGUGCAGGUAGAUCAAGACAAAGCGCUUCGGAAUAUCAAGAGUCGUUGGAAUCUAAAGCGAUUCGCGAGAAAUCCGACGACGAGAAUGUUUCGAGAUCUAGAGACGUCGCGAGGUUGCGACCUCCUUUAGCCGCAGCGACAGGCGCUUCGGCCGAUUCUGGGACCGGUGAUUCCGGAAGUGCGGAAAUUCAGGUUGACCCUCUCGGUACCCCUAGAACGGCAACCGCCGGUGAGGCUUUGGAUGAAACGAAUGGAACCGAGAAUGUCACCAUCGCCAGUAAAUCAACCAUUAAAACCCCUAUUGGAAAUAAUAAACAAACGGUGAAAUUGUUCACGAAGGAAAGUCUCGAUAGGUUGGAAAAUAGAACCGUGCAGCUUGUUAGAGAUUAUGGUUUCCAGCCGAAAAGGCGAAUGUCGGUCGAAGAUGGUGCGGUGCUUCCAAAUAAAUACGAACCUUUCCCAACCGAACUAUACGGUAGGCCUCUCGAGGAAAUCGACAAUUUCAUCUACGAUGAAACGUUUUGCGUAGUGUCCAAGAGAUUUCGUAAGAAUUACAUUCACAGAUUUACGGCGACAAACAGUUGGUUCAUAUUUUCUCCAUGGAAUCCUAUACGGCGAUAUUGUAUUUUCCUAAGCACGAAUCAGUACUUCGAUUAUAUAGUCAUGGCUACAAUAAUAUUAAAUUGUGCCUUCCUCGCCAUGACGGAAACUAUCGAGGAAGCCGAGUAUAUAUUCUUGGCUAUAUACACGGCCGAAAUGGUGAUCAAAUCGAUAGCCAAAGGAUUUGUGCUCAAUAAAUACACUUACCUACGAAAUCCGUGGAAUUGGUUGGAUUUCGUAGUGAUCACCAGUGGCUAUGCGACUAUAGGAAUGGAAGUAGGAAAUUUAGCUGGGUUGAGAACCUUCCGUGUAUUAAGAGCUCUUAAAACCGUUUCAAUUUUGCCUGGUUUAAAAACCAUCAUUAAUGCAUUAUUACAUAGUUUUAAACAACUUGCCGAAGUAAUGAUGCUCACGAUUUUUUGUCUGAUGGUUUUUGCACUCUUCGCUUUACAAGUUUACAUGGGUGAACUUCGGAAUAAAUGUGUAAAGAAUUUGGAAUUUAAUAAUACGCAGGUCGAUUGGAAAGAGUGGACUUGGAACUCAUCCAACUGGGCAUUCAACGAAGAUGAAGAACCAAUAAUUUGCGGUAACGCAACUGGCGCCAGGCACUGCAACGAAAGUUACAUUUGUCUUUGUGUUGGCCCAAAUCCAAAUCAUGGAUAUACAAAUUUCGACAAUUUUCUUUGGUCAAUGCUUACCACGUUUCAAUUGAUUACUUUGGAUUAUUGGGAAGACGUCUACAAUAAGGUAUUGUCGGCGUGCGGACCUAUCAGCGUCUCGUUCUUCACGGUGGUUGUGUUUUUUGGCUCAUUCUAUUUGAUUAAUUUAAUGCUCGCUGUAGUUGCGCUAAGCUACGAGGAGGAAGCUGAAAUUACAAACGAGGAACGAAGGAAAGACUUAACCGACCAUCGCGAGGACUCGACGUUUAGUUUCGACCCGACAAAAAUCAAUGUCAAGACGCUUGCCAAAGAAAAACAAAAGAAAUUAGAUGCGAGAAAAGGCGUUCUUCUAAGUAGUUACACGCGUAAGAAAACACGAAGAAGAAGACGUGGAAGAAGCACUGCCGGCUCUGGUUCAUCUGGUCAAGAUAAAGGUGGCUCUGUGCCAAGCAGGUCCGUGACACCAAGCCCGAGUCCAAGUCCAAGACACUCGAACGUUCGACCGUCUCAUUUAGUUCUACAAAAUGUCAGUCCGCGAACGGCGGAAAACAAUGCGAUUCAUAGACUAGCGCCAAAUCGUGGAAUGCUUCAUUCUCGACAAGCAAGUAACAACAGUAAUCAACAAUCGUCGUUGGAUGAUUCGGGUGUUGUUGACGAUCACGAUGGAGACGAUGUCACAUCCGUAGAGGAACAUGAUAGACGCGAUAACAAAGAAUCUAAUGUCAAUUGGCAAGAGAGAACACCUACUAAUAAUAAUACCGAUAUCACUGUUGAAACCAACGUGGCUGAAACGAGAAAUGAAGUGAACAAUGAGACAGAAGGCGACAAUGAAAGAGAAAAGACACAGGCAACUCAUUCCGGUGGAUAUCUUCAAACGCCAACAAAUGUUCCAGUUUCUAUUGCUAGCGGAACUACUCGAGAAAUUCGAGUAUUUAAAUGCAAUGGCGUGAAAACAAAGAAACAAAUGUAUACCUUACCGCCGGAAUAUUUAUCGCAUAUCGUUAUUUUAGAUGAUCUUCCGGAUAGGAACUGUGAAAAAUGCAUCCAAUGCUGUAUAGAUUACGAGGGUUGGCUACGAUUUCAAAAUUGUUUAUAUAAGGUAGUGAGAGAUCCAUUAUUCGAGUUGACGAUCACACUGUGCAUCGUCCUGAAUACCGGCUUUCUGGCAAUGGAGCAUCACGGAAUGAGCGAGUCGAUUCGACAGGCGCUCAACAUCGGUAAUAAAGUGUUUACCAGUAUCUUCACCUUCGAAUGCUUGCUGAAGCUGUUGGCGCUGAGUAAAGAUUUCUUCGCCAACGGAUGGAACAAUUUCGAUUUGAUAAUAGUAUCAGCGUCUCUGAUAGAUCUUACCUUCGAGCUGGUAGACGGUCUUUCCGUGAUACGCGGGCUGAGACUUCUACGAGUGUUAAAACUGGCACAAUCAUGGACGACGAUGAAGGUUCUUCUCAGCAUUAUUAUUUCGACCAUCGGCGCCCUUGGAAAUCUCACCUUAGUAUUGGUGAUCGUGAUUUAUAUAUUUGCCGUGAUCGGCAUGCAAUUAUUCAGUAAAGACUACACUUUGGACAAGUUUUAUCCAGAUCCAGUACCAAGGUGGAACUUUAACGAUUUCUUUCAUUCGUUUAUGAUGAUAUUUCGUAUACUUUGUGGAGAAUGGAUUGAACCCUUAUGGGAUUGCAUGAGAGCAGAACACGAAGACGGGCCUGGAGCUUGCCUCGCCAUAUUUUUACCAGCUCUCGUAAUGGGUAAUUUUAUGGUGUUGAAUUUGUUUCUUGCUUUACUGCUCAACAGCUUUAAUUCGGAAGAGUUAAAGCAGAAAAAGGAAGAAGUCGGAGAAGAGUCAAAACUCGCAAGGUCGUUUGAUCGUAUUCGUUCGAUAAUACGGAAAAAUAAAUGCUCACGGCUAGCUCAAGCUGCCGGUAAAGCAAAAGGGAAAGAUCCCCGUUUCGAGAAAAUUGUACGGCGAGUAAUAGAUCGUUCUGACAACGAGACUAAAUACGCUAUUCAAGAGACUGUGCUCAGCCUUCCAAAAGAUAACGUUUACAAUAGAUCAUACCAAGAAAGUUUAAAUCAACCUGUUUUUACUUACGAUCCGGUUUACUCUCAAUCUCAAACGGAAGAACAAAGGUAUGAACAAUGGGAAAAAGAACAAGAAAAAGACGAAUCACCGUACGACGAAAGCAAUUAUUUAAAUAAAAAGGGAGAAGUGGAAUCAAACGAAAGUAAGGAGCUGGAAUGUCAAGAUCUCGAGGUAGCGAAAGAAUCUUCGCCCUUGAGUAAAACAGCCGCGGAAGAAAGGGUCGCGAUGUUGCCUCAGAAAGAUCCUUUUCUCAAACCCGAGGAUCGAAUACCAAAGCGACCUUGGCACGCGCUUGUCAGCUAUGUCGAUGAAUUGACUGUUGGUGGUAGAAGAAAUAGUAAAGGGAAAUAUAUCGACGGAAUGGGUUCUUUUCCCGGAUUUGGAAGAAGUAAUCGGCGCAAAGAACCACAAGAUUGUUUUCCACGACAGUGUUACCAUAAGUGUACCUGCAUUGAUCGGUGUAUUGCAACAGCUAUUGGCAAAAAGUGGAUCAAACUGCGAACAAUAAUUCUCUCGGUGGUUGAUACGCCUGGCUUCGAAUGGAUGAUCCUAGUUUUAAUUUUUGCAUCUUCCAUAACGCUUUGUUUUGAAGAUAUUUACCUAGAUGAUAAUCCUUUUUUGAAGAAAAUCCUCUAUUGGACCAAUCUUGGCUUUUGUGCGCUUUUCAGUAUUGAGAUGUUACUCAAGUGGUUAGCUCUGGGUUUCUGCAAAUAUUUCACCAGUUUUUGGACAAUCUUGGAUUUUAUAAUUGUCUUUGUAUCAACAUUUAGUUUGUUGAUAGAAGAGAACGAAAACUUGAAAGUGCUAAGAUCGUUAAGAACUUUGCGAGCACUGAGACCACUAAGAGCGAUAUCGAGAUGGCAAGGCAUGAGGAUCGUAGUGAACGCGUUGAUGUAUGCGAUACCUAGUAUAUUCAACGUGCUCCUCGUCUGUCUCGUGUUCUGGCUGAUAUUUUCUAUUAUGGGUGUACAAUUUUUUGGCGGCAAGUUUUUCAAAUGCAUUGACGAGUAUGGCGAAUUAUUAGAUAUAUCGAUCGUGGACACGAAAGACGAUUGUCUGAGGAAAAAUUACUCUUGGGAAAACAGUAAAAUUACGUUCGAUCACGUGGGAAUAGCUUACCUAGCUCUAUUUCAAGUAGCUACUUUCGAAGGGUGGAUGGAGGUAAUGCAGGAUGCAAUAGACGCAAGAGGUGUAGAUCUUCAACCUCAAAGAGAAGCAAACAUCUACGCAUAUUUCUACUUUGUGAUAUUUAUUGUUUGCGGCUCUUUUUUUACACUCAAUCUCUUUAUCGGAGUAAUUAUAGACAACUUUAACAUGUUGAAGAAAAAGUACGAAGGUGGAGUGCUAGAAAUGUUUUUGACCGAAAGUCAAAAACACUACUACACUGCCAUGAAAAAACUCGGCCGUAAAAAGCCACAAAAAGUGAUAAAGCGUCCGAUGAAUCAAAUCCUCGCAAUGUUUUACGACCUAUCGAAUUCACGCAGAUUCGAAAUAGCAAUUUUCAUUUUGAUAUUCCUCAACAUGCUGACAAUGGGAAUCGAGCAUUAUGAUCAACCUCAUCCAAUUUUUUUCGUCCUCGAAGUAUCCAAUGCAUUUUUCACAACCGUUUUCGGUUUAGAAGCAAUUGUGAAAAUAAUAGGACUUCGAUAUCAUUAUUUCACGGUGCCAUGGAACUUGUUCGAUUUCCUCCUUGUGCUGGCUUCGAUAUUGGGAAUAUUAAUGGAGGAUAUUAUGGUAGACUUUCCGGUGUCCCCGACGCUCCUGCGAGUCGUGAGAGUGUUCAGAAUCGGUAGAAUCUUAAGACUCAUAAAAGCAGCAAAAGGUAUACGCAAACUGCUCUUCGCUCUGGUGGUUAGUCUUCCGGCGCUGUUUAACAUUGGUGCCCUGUUAGCUCUAAUUACUUUUAUUUAUGCCAUUAUUGGCAUGUCAGUCUUUGGUCACGUUAAAAAACAAGGCGCACUUGAUGACAUGGUAAAUUUCGAAACUUUUGGUAGAAGCAUGCAAUUACUGUUUCGAUUAAUGACAUCAGCCGGUUGGAACGACGUGUUAGAAUCUUUGAUGGUGCAACCACCGGAUUGCGAUCCGACUCCAACUAGUCGGCAGAUGAAUGGAAAUUGCGGAUAUCCUCUCUUGGCAAUAACCUAUUUUACUUCUUUCAUCAUAAUCAGCUAUAUGAUCGUUAUCAAUAUGUACAUUGCUAUUAUUCUCGAGAACUUUAAUCAGGCUCAUCAAGAAGAAGAAAUCGGCAUUGUUGAAGAUGAUCUAGAAAUGUUUUACAUACGAUGGUCCAAGUACGAUCCGCAUGCGACACAGUUCAUAAAUUUUUCGCAAUUAAGCGAUUUCAUAGCAAGCCUGGAUCCACCAUUAGGAAUUUCAAAGCCUAAUAUGGUUGCGUUAGUUAGUUUCAAUCUCCCCAUCGCGAAGGGAAAUAAAAUUCAUUGUCUGGACAUUCUACACGCACUUGUCAAGCACGUUCUUGGACACGUCGAAGAAUCUGAAGAUUUUCGAAAGCUACAGGAGCAAAUGGAUAUAAAGUUUAAGAAACAAUUUCCAACUCGUAAAGAACUUGAAAUUGUUUCUUCAACGAGAAUGUGGAAACGUCAGGACAAAGCGGCUAGGUUGAUUCAACGUACUAUCAGAGACUAUAUAACGGCAAGAAAGGAACGUGAAAGAAUGGCUCAAGAAGUGGAUUCACAGACUCAAACGUCGAGUCCUGGUGCUGGGAAUGAGGGUAGGGGCGGGGGUGGAUGGAGUGGCAAAGUAUCGGCUUUUCUACAUGUACAUAGAGGCAGCCGAGCCAGUAGUCGCAAGUCCUCGAGGGCCAGCGACGCCAGCGAUUUCAGCGAACUCGGUACAGCUUCGGCAUGGCUUUUUCCAAACUUACCUCUGCUGUUGCUCUCCGGCGCCACCGGUACUCACGAGGACCUGCCUCCUCCCGCUCUGACCGUAUCCCGUCCCUCGCCGACUACGGAACAGCAAUCGUUUACUGGUUCCUCUGUUGCUGCUGCUACUUCCUGUGAUCUACACACUAGAUCAAUCGCGGGUCCGACUCUCGGUCGACAAAACGCCUUUGAAAGUUAUCCCGACGAGGAAGUCCUUAGUCUUCCCACGAAGCGCAGGUCACUUCCGCCAAGCGCUACAACACUCUCUUUGAAUACCUUACAUCGUGACAUCAAAGAAGCGUUUAGCAGACGUUGCGGUAGCCUUCGAAAAAAACAUCAACCAGCUCCUGAACCAGCUCCGCUGCCAAUCGAAUCUACCGAUGUAAGCAUACUUGUUACGGAACCCAGUCCAGAAAAUUCAGCACCGCCUUCAAGACCGGCACUACUUAGACGACAAUCCGCCGCCACAGUCGUUCAUGUCCUCGUUCACAGAGAGAGCGAAGAAUAUCGAGAUACACAACCUGACAAUGCCAGUUGAUCUUAAAUCGUUAUACUCGACAUUUUUCUGAAAUCAGUUUAAUCAGGAGGUUAGGUUGAAAUCUAUUGAAAUUUGCUUGUUAUCGCGUUACGGUAACCUCAAGAUUCGAAUCUCAUCCGAUUCCCUCUCCUCUCCCCCU